UCGCAUGUUCAUCUGUUUCAAUUUUUCCUUCUUUAGAUCAUUCAUCCGCUAUAAACAGGUUGAUUGUUUAACAUGUUCUAUGCACAAAGUAGAAACUCAAGAGAAAGCAAUAUGGCUAUUCACAAAGUUGGUUUCCUUGCUCUCCUCCUCUUGUGUGGAAUACUUGUACUAGGAGGCAAAGUGGCAACUGCAGAUGAGAAGUCAUGUCCUCGGAAUUGCAUCAACGAUGCAGCUUACAUGGUUUGCCCAACUCGCCAUGGACGACAUAAGUUAAUUGAAUCUUAUUGCGACAACUGUUGCACUUUACCUGAAAACUGCAAGCUUUUCAAAGAGAAUGGUGAUCUCAUUUGUACUGGAACUGAUUACUAGUUGGAAUGCUACUAGCUAAGCUACUUAAAUAUUUGCUGUAUGUAAUAAAGCCUGAGGUUAUGCUCCUUAGGUGAUGUGUCAUGGAAUUUUGACAUUCCUUGACUAAGCUUUUACAAAGCUAAAAAAGUUUAAUCAUCUUAUAUAUAUUACUGAGCAAAGCUUCUCAUCAUA